AUGUCGCGAAAUGACUGCGUUAUGAUGGACAAGAUCAUUGAGGGCGAUGGCAAAACGAUACCGCGUCAGGGGAGUAUCGUGACACUGGACUAUGUUGGAUAUCUGCCUGAUGGUCGAAAGUUCGACUCCACUAUUGAAAGGGGGAAGCCGUUUGUUUUCCGUGUUGGAUGCGGAGAGGUCAUCAAAGGCUGGGACGAGGGAAUUGUGCAGAUGUCAAAGGGUGAGCGCAGUCGGCUCACCAUGCCUCCAUCACUGGCCUUUGGGUCAACUGGUUUCCCUGGCAUAAUUCCUCCUAACACUGUCAUUGUGUUUGAGGUCACGCUGUUGGAUGUUGUUUGA